GUUUAUAAUAUCCGGGACUUCGAAGAAUGGCUGCGCCUUACAAAAAGGGAUGAAGGGCCCGACCACCAGCAUUGUGAUAACUUCUGAACCAACGAAAGUCGGACGCUCCGAAAACAUUGCACUCUUUGAAAAGGGUUUUUUUAACAUUUUUAUGCACAUGCACUGGCAGUGGAAGUUUUAUCUCGAUUCAAACAACCUACAAGCUUAAUUAAACAUAAGGUGGACUGUUUGUGCUGCUUGCGUGUUGUCCUUGAACUAAGCCUGAACUCAUCCCCAAUGAAAGCCGAGCUAUAGGCACCUCCCUUUGUUUACUAUAAUCCAUUUUAAACACUGCCGGAUUUCGAGCGAGUUCAUUAUCUGUCGCUUCACAGCGGAAGUAUAAGCACCAGGUAUGUCACCUUCACAUAGCACUGCCUCGCUGUAAACAGAAGAGGACUACAGUGACCACUUCUCAUUUUCACAAAAGAUGAAAAUCGUCUGUUGCUAGGAUCCUGCAGGGAUGGCGCUUGCAGAUGUGGGGAGAUCGUUAGGGGAUAAGGUGGCAUUACUUUUAAGUGAGGUUGACCAUAUUUAGUCUACAGAUCAGUUAGUCCAUGGAUCAUCUGUUGUGAAAGCCAAAGGGACUGAAUAUGCAAUAAAAGAAAUUUCGGAUAGGAAUAGAUUUUGUAUUGACUCUUAGUUUCUUUGUUUCAGUGAUCAGCUAAGUUUUUUCCUGUUUUAAAGAAGGUGAACGGUUUUCUAGAAAAUAAAAAAGGUAAGUUACCUUAACUGGCCUUAUACAAAGUUUCCAUUAGUGACUUUGAUAAUAGAAUUAGUGACUUUGAUUGUCCAAUUAAUGACUUGGAACUGUAAUUUAGUAUUGGAUUAAAUCAAUACUGACUCCAAGCAUUGCCUUUUUGACUGAACUUUAAGUCUGGUCUUUCAACACUUUCAUGUUAGAGAAUGUAUGCAUAUAUAUUAAAUUAUGUGCGAGUUGGUUGAAAGCCAACCAAAAGCUCACAGUUUGGUGAGAAUUGAUAAAAUGGGAAUAUUCAAUUCGAAGUCAUAAUUCAGUGAUCUAAGAUCAGUAACUAGUGACCCCAAGCCAUAAACUGCAAUGAUCUUUUAAGAGCCAUGUUUUUGAUUCUGUGUGAAAUUCAGUUUAGUAGGUUAAAUUUCAUAGCAACUUUUCUGUUUUUGCCUUCAGUCAUUUUUCAAUACAGGCCCAUGGAGACAGUUUAAGAAAAGAGCCAGAAUGGCUAGAGUUAAAAUUUUGCCCAAGCAAAGAAAUGUCAAAACACAUAAAAGUUUCUGUUAGCAUUGUUAAAAUGUGUCAUUGUUGGCGUAUAUAUUUUGAGAUAUAUUUACCUUCCCUGAGCUACACACACACACACACACACACACACACACACACACAUUUUUCUGGAAUUGUAAAUUAACUGGGAAUAGAAAUGUUUUGUAUUUAAGACACUAUGUAAGACACCAUUUACUAGUAAAUAUAAUCUGAUAUAAUGUUCAACAAUAUGACACAUUUUCUCAAUUUAAAAUUCCCCGUUGAUUUAUGCCAUGUAUUGUUCGUGUAUUGAUUAAGAUGGAGAGAAAGACACUCUGCAGUUUACUCCAUUUUCUGCAAUGAUGUGAGACCAUUUAGAAAGUUUUCUUUCAAUAAAAUGUCACAUACAUACAAUGGCAAUCUUUUUUUGCUUUGAAAGCGUACAACAAUGGAGGGAAGAAAACUGUAAUAGAACAGCGAGUUUCCUGGGACCAUCGGAACUGGGGUUAGGAUGGACACUCAAAAUGUCAGGGAAGAUGGUGUCCACAGGGACUAUCCAGGUGGACAAGUUGUUGGAAAAGUUGGGUCAACCAGGUCGGUACCAUGUUUUCAUCUACAUUCUCAUCUGUAUGACCUACUGGAUUGUGAUCUUCAACCACGUUAUCAUGGCAGUCUAUGGGCGGCCACCACCCCACCACUGCACCCUUCCAAAGGGGAACUUUGUGAACAGAAGCAUUCCCCUUGAAAAAGGAAAGCCCAGCAGCUGCAAGGUGUAUGAAAAUUUCACCCAGGUUUAUGGAAAUGAAACAGUUCCAACACAAGGUUGCUCAGAUGGAUGGACAUACACCCUAGAGCCUGGAGAAACCAAUUUUGUUGCAGAUUUUGAUCUGGUGUGUGAUAACAAGCCCCUGGUCAGUUUGGCAACAACCAUCUACUUCUGUGGGGUUAUGCUGGGAGGACUUAUAUUUGGUACCCUCUCAGACUUAAUUGGCAGAAAGCCAGUAUUCCUGAUAACCCUGUUUGUCCCAGUUGCAAUUGGAGUUGGGAUAUUCUUUGUGCAGUCAUAUGUGGCUUUUGUGGUGCUGAGGUUUUUUGUGGGAGUUUGUAUGCAGGGACUCCAAACAUCAGGACUUGUGUUAAUUUUGGAAAUGUUCCGUCCAGUCCAUCGUACCAAGGCAGGCCUUAUUACAGAGCUGUUCUGGGGUUCUGGGGUGCUAAUAGUAGGAGUUCUUCAGUGCUUUAUCAAGGACUGGCAUUAUAUCCAACUGGCCAUUGCUCUUCCACCUGUGCUAGCCAUUGGAUAUAUUUGGAUUAUACCAGAAUCCCCAAGGUGGCUGAUUCAGAAGAAGAAAUUCAAAUUAGCAGAGCAAUUUUUCAUUAAAGUUGCAAAUUUCAAUAAAACCGACAUCACCUCCUCAAUUAGUGAUGAAUUUGCUGCUGUCCAUAAAAAAGAGGAUGGGUCUAGUGUGACACACUACACCAUCUUGGAUAUGUUCAAGACUCCAAAGCUCAGGAAGCGUACAUUCUUAUUGUUUUAUAUCUGGUUGUCAAUUGCAGUGAACUAUUAUGGAAUGUUAUAUGGCAUUUCUGCAUUACCGGGCAACUACUGUCUUAACUUCUUGAUUGGUGGUUUUGUUGAGGUACCUGCAUAUAUAGCUACCAUAUUUUUAGUUGAAUGUUUUGGUCGCAAGAAGAUAUUACUGUUGUUCUUCUUUGUGGGUGGUGUGACAUGUAUAGCAGUUAGACUGGUACCUUCUGUUACAGGAUAUGGACUUGACAUCUCCUGGCUUCCCCUUGUACUUGCCUUGAUCGGAAGAGCCAGUAGUGCAGGCAGCUUUGCUGUCAUACCACUGUUCACAUCAGAGCUCUAUCCCACAGUUAUAAGGAACAUUGGAGUUGGAACAUGUGCAUUCUGGACUCGCCUAGGGGGAGUGUUAUUUUCUCCCAUCUUACUCUUGUCUGACUACACCUUUAGGGCGUUCCCCUUUGUAUUGUUUGGAGUGAUGGCUCUGCUUGCUGGCCUUUUAACUCUUCUUCUCCCAGAGACAUUAAACAAGAAACUACCAGAAGUGAUUGAGGACGCAGAAAACUUUGGUAAACAGGCAAAUGACAAAAGUAGUAUUCCAGAGGAAGCAGAAAAUGAAACAUCUGAUGACACGAGACUCUAAUUAUUUUUGAUAGUCGUAUUUUGACAGCCUUUUACUGGGAUGUUUAUUUUAGAAUUUAUACUGAACGUUUUUGAUCUUUUAUAACACAGCCAGUUUAAGGCCUGCCUUAAAAAUAACAUUAAGAAUCUUCAAAGCAUUAUAACAUAUUUACUCUUUUUACCUCUCAACCAUAUAUAGCUAUGGGGGCAUUAGAUGAGUUCUUUCAUCAAGAACUUUAUCCUCUAACUUAAGAAUAAUGUCUAGAUCUAGGUAUAGUUUUAGUGGGCCUUGGACAAGUUCUUUUUAUUGCUGAUUUUGACCUACAUCAUAAAGGUCAUUGUCAAGCAUAUGGCUGAGUGGUUCAGUGCCAAUACCACUAGUUAUGAUGUAUUUUGGUGAAAUGUUGACCAAAUAUGAAAGAUAAAUAUAUAAGAGCAUUAUUUACUUUAAAUAAUGGAUAUAAAUGUAAUAAGUUAUAUAGUGAUAUAAAGAUGUUAGGUCCUUUUUUAACAGCAUCUAUCUGGAGGAGUCUCAAUUCUUACAUCACACAUUAUGAGAAUGAAUUGAGUAAGAUAUAUUUUAUUAAAAGCUUAAAUUUUUAAUGUAAUCUCCUUUUUUAAAGCUUAAAUAGAAUGCAAUCUCCUUUUUUAAAGCUUAAAUAGAAUGUAAUCUCCUUUUUUAUUGCUUUAGGAAAAUGUUCAGCCUACUUUAGUGUUACACUGUCUCAUACUUUUCUCAAGAUGUGUAGCUAAUGACAAAUGCUUGAAUUAAAAAAAAAGCUUUUAUGUGUGAAUGAGAACUAAGUGUGUAGAAGGUAGUGGGCUAAUUGGAUGUUGAAUGGCCUAAUGUUAGGUGAAUGCUUUGGAAAGAAAAUAUAUUUUUGGGUGAUUUUGAGAAAUAAAUGUGUAUUAAUAUGUUUUCAUAUAUGAUAUGAUAUGAUUAUAUGUGUUUUAAUGGUUUAUUUCUUGCUAUCAGUAUAAUAAUCUUAAAAGAAAGCUUGUGAAAAGUGAACCUUUUAAUGUUUGAUAUAUGAUAGUAUAUAUAUAUAGAUAUAUAGUGGUAUAGAUUGUAAUAUGAUUGAAUGAAUUUGGAAAUUGUGUCCAAUUAAACUCUAGCAUGGUUCCCAGCCCACCUGGAAUUCAGGAAAAAUCUUGACAAUGAUUUCCCUUUUUUCCAGUCUGGGAGUUUUAGAAAAGUUCCUCAAAUCAGGGAAAAAUCAAGGAAUUUUCUUUGCUCAAACAUUGCUCAAAACAACAAAUCAGUCAACAUUAUGUCCCUAGAAUUUACUGUCAUCAGUGAAAUAUCACUGAACCCUGUUAAUAUAAUUUGCUAGGAACCUGUCUAGAGAAACAGGAAGACUGAUGGGAUGAACAUACAGGGCGUCAAGUUA